AAACGAAUGAGGAAGUGUUUCAAUUAUUUGAGUAGUCAUUCUUUUGAUACAACAGGAUGGAACGAGGACCCACGAUCACAAAGGGUAAACACUUAUUUGGAUUCAAAUAUUUUGAAAGGUUGUAAUCGUGUGACUACUGAAACUAGAUCUACUAUUUUAAAAUUUUUGACAGGUAUUUCAAUUCUUGAAGAAAAAGUUCUCAUUCACGAAGAAGUCACUGAUGGUCAAAAGAUAAAAAUUUACUUCCAUAUGGAUCACACAAACAAAAAAUGGAAAAAGAUUAUGCAGAAGCAAUCCCUAUAACCAAAUCAUGCUGGAUGUUUCAAUUUAAAUGAUUCCUAAAUUGAUUUGAAAGAAGAUUAGAAUUGGAUUAAGAAACAUUACAAUUAUUGUAAAAAUCCCGAGGACUUCGUAUCUCAACUAUUCGCUUUCCGAAAUUAAGAAAUCAAAUCUUGAACACUAAUUGGAAGAUAUAUCGAAUUGGAACUCCUCCUUUAUGUAAUCGGAUCCUAGUACUUAACAUACUUUAAAACUUGGCCCAAACCACUCUCUAGCACUAGUGUGAAAAAAAUAACUCAAAAUGGUAGUCACUGAACUAAGCUCUUCACUUGAUGGUUUAUUUCAAGUCAUGUACCUAAUCAUUGGCUUAGUACUAAUUUAUAUCAUGAUUCAUACCUUUAGAUUUAUAAGAAUCUACUUGAAAUAUAAACACAUACCUGGUUAUGUCUCAUUCUUCCCUUCAAUUAUAGAUUCACUCAUGCAUGGAGAUCCAAUGUUUGUUUACUAUGGUUAUUUGUGUAGCAUGCAAGCUUUUACAAAACAUCCAAAUGCAGCAAUGAUUAAAGUUCAACAAGGAUCAGAGAUAUUUUUCACAAUAGCCAGGGAUAAGGAAAUGAUCAAGGAUGUUCUUGUUAGAAAGUAUAAAUCUAUUGGAAAGGGUGAGCUAUUGGCUCCAGUUGGUUUGUUUGGAGCGAAUCUAUUCUCAGCUGAUUCUAAUAAUCCACUUUGGAAAAAGCACAGAACAUUGGCUAAUCCAGUAUUCAGUAACAGUUCUCAUUUAAGGAAUGUUUUUAGAGUUACAAUGGAGGAAUUAGCAAAGAUGAUUCCAUACUGGACCAAAUAUAAUGAUUCAGAUUCUAAUGGAAAUAUUCGAAAUGUUAACACUACACAAGAGUUGAAGUCUAUUACAUUAAGCAUUAUCAAUAGAGUUGCAUUCGAUUUCAAUAUAGAGAUAUUUGAUAAGAAUCCUGAACACAGAGACGAAGUACAUGGUUGGAUUUCUGAUUUAUUAGUUGGUUUAUUAUACAAGUUUGUAUUCCCUGAAUGGUUAUUCGAAUAUGUUCCUUUUGGAAUUUUCAAAAGAUUUAAAGAUGCAAAGAAUAGAUUCAGAGAGACAGCCAUGAAGAUGAUUCUCAAAAAGACAAAGGAAUAUGAGAAUGACAAUCAAGUGAAAGAAGAUGAAGAUUUACUAAGCUUAUUGUUGAAAAGCUCCAAUAAUGGUAAAUUAACAGAGGAAGAACGUUUGACAAAUGACGAAUUGGUUAGUGCCAUUUUCAUUAUUUUCUUUGCUGGAUUUGAAACAAGUUCCAAUUCUUUGAACUUCAUGUUGAGAUUGUUGGCAACCAGACCAGAAAUACAAGAAAAACUCAUUGAAGAAAUUGAUAAUGAAAUUCCAUCCAUGGAUUCAAUCAAAUUUGAAGAUGUCACUGAAAAACUUCCAUAUUUGACAUCAUUCAUUAAGGAGGCAUUUAGAGCCAAACCAAUUGUUGGUGAUACCACAAGAAUAAUUACCAAGAAGGGAGGUGAAACUAUUGGUGGACAAAUCCUUGAAGAAGGAACGGUUGUUAACGUUGGAAUAUAUGCUCAUCAUAAGCUGUCUCAUAAUAAUGCUAUGGAUGAUUUCAAAUUUGAUCGUUUCUGCAUUCCAAAUAAUAUCGAGAAGGGAACUAUGGGAAAUUUAUCUAUUGAUUUCCAAAAAGAAGAUUUAAUUACCUUCUCUAUUGGCCCAAGGGAUUGUAUUGGAAGAAGAAUGGCAUUAAUAGAAAUCAAAUUAAUCCUUGUUUAUUUGUUGAAACAAUACAGGAUUAAGGUUCCAGAGCAUUUGAAAGAACAACAAUCAAACAUCAAAGAAACAUACAUUAUUACAAGAACUGUUUUAGAGCCAUUCAUAUUUGAUUAUGAAAAGAGAGUUUAAUAAACUUAAAUAUUUUAC